CAUGCCUCAUCCAUCUCUCGCCUCGCCAGUGUCGGAAAAUACAAGAAUUAACGCUUUUGGUUAUUAUCGUUAAACGCCGCCCGGCUUGUGGUCUCUCGCUUGUGCCGGUACACGGAACGCAACUUGAAUAUUUGCUCGAAGUCAUCGAAAAUCUGUCAUUUUUCCGCCACUGAGACAAAGAGGACACACGCAAGAUAGUCUACAACAGGAGUACAGCUGUGGUGAUGUGGUGUUUCAGGUCUCAUCCUUCAUUUUCCAGGUCAUUCCCUUCAGUUGGUGUUGACGACUCUCCUAACGCGGCUCAGUUUGGGGAUGUAAAGGCUGGGAAUGACUUUUGCGGACCUGCGCUGAUGUGACACAUUAGAAAGAGUAUUUCUGUUCUGCACCCGGGAACAACGAGCCAUUACGAGCCUGCACGUCUUGUGGAAGGCUUGUAACUGCCGUGGCCGGGCUUUGCCAUUCGCCCCCUCCAGCGUCCCCCCGUGUUGCACCACUACCAUGCCCUUUGCUUGCUGUGUCCAACCCAUGGAGAGUGUGCGCCCACCCAGAUAGGAUGCCUGCCUUGUCUGAAGCCCUGGACCCCCUCCUGCCCACCACCACCACCGCCACCUCCUCCUUCUCCUCGCGUGUACCUGCUCUUGCCAACAGCUCCAUCCGGCCCCCCAGGCUCCGCCCUGCCCUGCUCCAACAUGGUGGAUGAGGUAACCACCAUGAAGGAUGACGUCAUCAAUGCCAACACGCUGGCUUGGCUGGUUUGCUCGGGCGUGUCCAUCCUGGCCAACACUUGGGGCAUCCUCAGUGUCAGCGCCAAGCAGAAGAAGUGGAAGCCCCUGGAGUUCCUCAUCUGCACGCUGGCCGGCACGCACAUCCUCAACAUGGCCAUCCCCAUCACCAUGUACUGUGUCAUAACGCUGCGUCGGCAGCACUCGAACUACGAGUGGAACGAGGGCCUGUGCAAGGUGUUCGUCUCCACAUUCUACACGCUCACGCUGGUCACCUGCUUCUCCGUCACCUCGCUCUCCUACCACCGCAUGUGGAUGGUGCGCUGGCCAGUAAACUACAGGUUGAGUAACACCAAGAAACAGGCGGUGCACACAGUGAUGGGCAUCUGGAUGGUCUCCUUCAUCCUGUCCACGCUGCCAGCUGUGGGCUGGCACGACACCAUUGACCGUUUCUACACCUCCGACUGCCGCUUCAUAGUGACAGAGAUCGGCUUGGGCUUCGGCGUGUGCUUUCUGCUGCUGAUCGGCGGCAGCGUGGCCAUGGGUGUCAUCUGCAUCGGCAUCGCCCUCUUCCAGACCUUCUCCAUUCAGGCGGGCCACAAUGCUGACAAGAACAAGUUCAACGUGCCCACCAUAGUGGUGGAGGACGCGCAGGGCAAGCGCAGAUCGUCCAUUGACGGAUCAGAGCCUCUCAAGACGUCGCUGCAGAUCACCUACCUGAUCAGCGGCAUCGUCUUCAUCUACGACUUCCUGACUGGCUUCCCCAUCCUGGUGGUGAGUUUUGCCAGCCUGAAGUACCACCGAUCCUACAACUGGAUGGUAUUGUGUGUGCUGUGGUGCUCUAUUGCCCAGUCCAUUCUGCUCCCCAUGUUCCUGUGGGCGUGCGACCGCUACCGGGCAGACAUCCGCAUGGUGUGGGAGAAGUGCGUGGCCAUCAUGUCCAACGAUGAUGUGGAUGAAGAAAACAGCCACGAUGGAGGAAUUCAUGCCGACUUAAUAUAUGACAGACCAUAUGACUAUAGCUCGGCGCCUGAAAUCAUGACGGUAGACCGUAUUGCCAAGUAUGAAUUCUCAACCUUAGAAAGGGGGGUUCCGCAAGGGUAUCCAUUGAGGGAACUACAGGAAGAUAAAAUGCAGUAUUUGCAGGUGCCCCCUACAAGAAGAUACUCCCACGACGAAACCGACAUGUGGACCAGCGACCAGAUCCCCUCCUACCUUCACCGAUGGGGCUCCACCGAGGACAUGAUAGCGACAGCCCACUACAGCUCCAGCUUUCUGCGCCACGAGAGGCGCAGGAGCAGCCUGGUCUCCUGCCACGAGGAGACCCACCACCAUCAUCACCCGCACCGCAAGCGCCGGCGCUCCGAGGAUAGCAUGCACUCCCUCAGGCACCUGCCUCGCGUGGUGUGCGGCGGGGAGCGUUAUGAGGACGACCUGCGGUGUUUCAGCCGAGACGAGGUGAUCAACUUUAUAGACGAGACUCCGCUGCCGAGCCCCAGGAAGAGUCCGCGGCGCACAUCUGCCAUUUCACUCAUCCCCAACGUGUAUGAACAGCACACAGUCCUUUUCCCACACUUCCCGCUCACAGACUUCGAGCGUGAGCCUCAAGCGCUGAGGCGGCUCUCAGAACACAAAAAGAGCGGGAGUCGGGCCAGCUCGCCUGACAGUUCACCCAAACCUGACAGACCAGCUGGCAAGGACAGCCCCGGAGCCUGUAGCUCUGGGAAAGGCUGCAGAGAGCACCAGCGAGACGGGAAACAGAAGGGUGAACAGGCCUCACCCGGGCACAGCCAGCAGACUGCAGGGCACUCCAGUCACCGGCCCAGGACAGAACUUGGAGCCGGGCACGGGGCUGACUGGGCUCACCAGAAGCACCUGAGCAAGGCCGAGAGUAAAGGAAGCACAAACAGUUUUGUAAGCACACCCUCUGCAUCAUCAUCGGGAUAUAUCACCUUUCACUCUGAUUCUGUAGGCUCAACCACCUAAAAACUUCAGUUUGUCCUUGUUAAUAUAAACACAGUUACUGAAGUUGUUCUUAUUACAACAACCACUGGAAUACUGGGGGCUAUGGGAAAGUGAUAUACUGGAUUAUUUGGCCUUUUUAAUUGUGCCACCUAUCUAUUUUACUAUAUACCACUAUAAUCCCAAAGUUUCCAAUCAGUAUCUACAGUAUACUUAGAUAUAAAUGGCCUUUGGAGCUUUGGACACAUUUCUGAAGGGGCCUGCUGUUUAUUUAGUAAAUAGGCUGGUCAAACAGCUGGGUGGGUCCUGGGAUUCAGCUUCACUUUACAAAAUAUCCACCGAGGACACUUUUCCCCCCAGCACUAACACAACUAACUGUUUUUGAAUGGAGUGAACAUUCCCACGCCUUGUUUUUGCUGUUUGAUGUUGUUUCCUAUGAAUUGUUCAAACAAUUGGGGGAAAUGGGUAAGAGUGGGUGGCGUUGGUAUUUUUUGCACAUACCAAUUCAAAAUUCAAAUUGUAAAAGCUGUAAAAGCUUUUUUUCAUUUCUUUUCUCUAAUGGGUGCGUGUUUAGUUGUAUGGAUACAUUUGUUUUUACACCAAACACUAUCCUGCCAAUAGAGGAGGUCAAAACUGCCCAUGGUCCUUGAGAUAGAAUAUGAAACAUGGGAGAAGGAAUAUUUGUUUGAUUUUGUUCAUGAUGUAUAACUUUGUUUACUAUUGUUAUUAUCAUUAUGAUUCAUAAGAGCUAAAUAAAUCUCUGGGUUUUUAAAUAUCAUUUGUUGAAGUACACAGAGGUUUAAUGCUAAUCCCAGACUCACUGCCUAAUAGCUUGACAUUUGCUGUGUGAGAUAUAGAAAUAUUAUAUGACCCCACCCCCUAAAUUCUUCUCAUGAAAACCUGAAAUCAUUUGUUCAAGCAAACUGACAAGUCUUGUAUAUAUGAAGGGUAUGGAUUUGGUGUUUUCUUUCUUUCUUUCUUUUUUUGUUUAAUAUUUCUUCCCAGUUCCUGUUAUAAACACUGUCAUUUUAUAUGUGUGUGUUAACAACAAGAGAUCAUCCGACACUGCAGAUGCACACCAAAUUGCAUCCAUAAAUUUUCACUGAUCAAGCCAAUACAGCAGCAAAAGAUGCUUUGCACUUGGCAGCUGAGCAUGACAGGUUGACAUCACCUCUUGGCUGUUUGCGUCACGUGAGGAGGCGUUGGUAAAAUGCGCAUGGUUUGCAAAGUAGCCAAUACAAAUUAUGUUAAAUGGUCUGAGAGUGUAAAGUGUCAAUUAUCUUAACCCUCAGGCCAGCUGCAUACAGCCCUAUUGAAGUGCAGGUUGCCAUAUCUGAACCCCCAAAUCUGAACAAGAUAAUUUUAAGAUUUUAGCAUGAAUAAGGGACAUUGUGAAUAGCAUGGAAAUGGGAGUUUAGAUGCGAAUAAUGAGUUCUAAUCAGUUCAAGAAAAAGCAAACCUGUUGCAUUUCAUCCAUUAUCUCAUUAGAUAUGCAAAGACUAUAUGAAUGGUCUUGCACAGCUUUAUUUGGUCUAAAAUACUGAAAGUUUUUGAGCGUGAUGUUGUGAUUGAUCUUUUUUUUUUAAGAUACUGAACUGAUUUUUUAAACUAAAGCUCCAAGAAAUGCUAUAGAUGAAAAAUAAGCAUGGCCCAAAGCCUCAAGAAAGGGAUACUGUAGGAGAAAAAAUAUACCUAAUGACGUUUUAUUAAUUUAAUGUGUAUAUAUGCUUAUAAAAUGCAUAGGAACAUUUCACACCAGAACAAAGCAUUUGCACAGACUAUUUAAGGUCCUGAAAACCAUGGCAGAAUUCUUCAUGAUGGAGUCAGAAACACCUGAAGUACAGACAAAAAAAAACAAACAAAAAAAAAAAACAGUCAGUUGUAAGUGAGAUGCCCCCUUUAAGGCCCGUAGGAGAAACGCUCCCUCCUCUCCCACCAUCACUGCCUAAAUGGACUUAAAAGCCAAGUUUACACAACUGGAUUUUGGAAGACGUGUGAAACCAAAACAAAUGUCGGUGUGGACUGACGUUUACCAGUCCUCCUCAAAUUCUGAAUCAGAAUCACAACUUUUUCUUUUUCGCAGCAAUAGCAUGUGAUAGUUACCUGACUUUGAGAUGAGUGAGAGUUUGAUAUCAACCCAAAAAUGUACUCUUCCAUCAGCAAAUCAAAGCAUAGCCUCCUUUGGACUUUAGCCUCUGUCAAGGACAGCAACGUUUAACAUGAAUGUAUUUGCACAAGUUAGGUGUAGGUUUGCAGAGAAAUUAUUUAUCAAGAGUGAUGACAGUAUGACAUGAGAAGUAUCCAGUAAACCCUUUGAUAGCCUUAUUAGUUGUGUGGUAUUUCUUUGCCAUAACAUCCCAGUAAUGAAGUUGCACGCGUUUGGCGUACACUCUUAAACUCAUCCGUUGUCAUUAAAAUCUCUUUUCUGUUGAAAUUCUCAUGUAUUAGUGCACCUCUCACUUAUGGUGGCUUAUUCAGUUGGAUAGAAAAACCUAAAUUUACCUUUCUUUGGGAACACAAGUUCACAUUCCCAUUUCAUAUUUUGCUACGUCAUAGACUUUUUUGCUUUUGGUUGUGUUUACAAUAUCAAAAUAUAAUUUUGUAACAUAUUCAAAGAUUUAUGACUGUCAAAUAUGAACGAUGUUAAAUGUUAUGUUUUUCUUGUUCAGAUGAUGGCUUUGUUAAGAAGAUACAACUAAGCUAUUUCAAAUUAAAUUCACACAAGAAGAUG